AAAAUCAUAGCCAGCUUGGUGAGAGGUCACGAAGAGCCAAAAAUCGUGGAGACGUGUAGAUCCGCCCCAUACGCAGAAAUGGCGUCUUCCUCACCAAUGUCAAAUUCACAGAAGUGGCAGUACUCUGUGUUUCUUCUGUGCUGGCUUCCGCUUCUCGCGGCAACUCGUUCUUUAGCACGAGAGUGGUGCAGGGCUGUACCUGAACAAGGAAAACUGGAGUAUGGCGUGUGUGUUCCUCCAGAAUUCGCGACAGCACGUUAUACUGUCGAAGUUGUCUCCGUUGUCGGUCCCGGUGUUAACCUUCGAAGUGAUGUCAGCCUCGUCAUCGCUGGUAGUAACGGGCGACAUACGAAGCCGAUCAAGAUAUCGUCCCUAGCAACGGGAACACAAAAAAGAAUCCACUCAGAAAGAGUGGAUGUGGGCGACCCAGAGUUUGUUCACCUGACUCUGGGCAGCACGAAGCCCUGGAGGUGUGAGCGCAUCACAAUCUGGAAGGACUUUCGAUACUGGGUGUUUGGCUGCAAUGGUCAACUCGAUUUCCAGUCCCCGGAGGCAUCGUACUUGCUUGCUGGCAACAAAAAGUACGGGAUCUCCGUCCAGACUGGAGCUGACCCUCAUGCUGGUACUAUCGGAAGCAUCGAAGUGAAAUUUGUCGGCAUUUCACGAAGCACAAAUCCACAAACCAUUCUUCAAGCACCGGAAGUGGGAAGCAACAAGCGUGUUCGUGUCCGCGCAGCUGAUGUUGGUGACCUUCAAGCAAUAGUGUUAGCGAAUACGGCGGAGGACGAUCCCUGGUACUGCGACUACUUGAAUGUCCGCACUGAGGACGGAAGCAUGUUCGCCUUCAAAGUCAAGCGAUGGAUUGGGAAGCCCUAUGAGCAGUUCGUCCUUGUACCACUGAAGCCCUCGGACGUAGACAUGCCUUCGCAAGACGUCGAUUGCUAUACGAGAGCUGCAGACAUUUUCAAUACAACUCCGUUAGGGAUGGAGGUCGUGAAAGUGCGCUGCCCCCAGAACUGCCAAGCGUCGGAGUUCGCCCGUGUGCUGGGAUCCACCAUCCAUCCAAGCAUUAGUUCAAUCUGCGCCGCAGCCGUGAAUGACGGAGUUCUGUCCCCCUCUGGCGGCGAGGUGGUCGUAGCUAUUGUGGAUAGUCUGCCAAGCUACAGAAUCGACGCUGGAGACUUCCAUCGCUCUCCCGAAAAAGCCGAGUUCUCUUAUUGUGUGUACCAAAGUGAUUCCAUCGACGCAAUCGAAAAGGACGUGCGACUCGUCAAUGAAUAUGGGAAGCUGUCGUCUACCGGGAGACUGGAAGUUCGAAGAAAUGGGUCGUGGGGCACUGUCUGCACUAAAGGGGACUUUGCAAGAUUUUCUGUAGAGGCUGCAAUCAAGGCCUGUCAACUAAUGGGGUAUAAACAUGGUGUAUAUCUCGAGGACGGCUGUUCGUCGGUCGAAGGUGUUGAUAUGUGCGCGGACAAGGGCUAUCCAGUUGCCUUGGCAGAUGUCGAUGACCCUUGUUUUCAGUGCAGCGGUCCAGAGGCCUCCAUCGAUGAAUGCACUUUCGAACAGCCCACAGCGCAGUGCGAGGACCAUACCAAUGAUAUCGCUCUCAAGUGCACGAACACACCGGCUGGUGCUGAGCCUCCCGUCGGCACGUUGAGGAUUGUUGACACGACAGGAGCGCCGUCGUUGACAGGCAUUGGAAGACUCGAGUUUUACGCUGACGGCUUCGGAAGUGUUUGCGGAGAAGGCUGGACAAAAGAGUCCGAGCAGGUCGCCUGCAGACAGAUGGGAUACAGUGGUGUGAAGCAUGGUGGCUACUCUGGGAACGGAUGCUCUGAUAUCAUGGGGGUGAAUUAUUGUGGACAGCAGCAGGAGAAGAUCGCGACUGUGAACGUCGCUUGCAAAGGAGACGAGUCUGAGCUUCGACUAUGCCCUCACCUUGUCAGUGACGACAUCUACUGUGUCCAUGAGGAGGACAUCGUCGUUGGAUGCGAAGGCAAGGGUGAUCCGUCUGGAAUUGGAUUGUUCACGAUCGAGGAGAAACCUGACCUUGGAGUUCUUCCGAUAAAGAGUGUCGCGCUCACCUGCAGUGAUAGACCAGUCACCAGGAGAGAUAUGGCAGGUGGUCCAGGAACAAUCUUUAUUGCCUCGUGUCCCGACGGUUGCUCAGAGGCUCCGGGGGCUGUCAAAGGGACUUUUGUCUACACAGAUGACUCUCCUAUUUGCAAGGCCGCAAUCCAUGCCGGAGCCCUCGAAGCCUCCGGAGGCGACAUAGUCGUGCAGAUUGGGCAUCCGCAGAAAUCGUACGAAAGCACGGACCAGUACAAUGUCCACAGCGAUCCAAGCGGGCCACACCCCCGGUCGUUUGUAACAUCAAAGGUGGCAUUAGAGCUUCGAGCGCGCGCAGGCCAACAGACUCAAAAAAAAAGAUCGGAAGCAACCUCGAUUCCAGUCGUUCCGCAGCCUCGAUUCUCUGAAGUCGAAAGUUCAUCCCAGUCCCAACUCCUUGAGGAUAAAUUUCACUGGUAUCCACCGCAAGGAUUCUCGGGUUUUGAGGGCCGCCCUGGAUCGUUUGUUGAUGCAUCCUAUCUGCCUGGUGCCAACCUCGUACCCGGGUUCCGCGAUUUCACGCUUACGGCGAAAGUUACCGUGACCGGGAAAAAGGGCCAAUGGCGUGCGAUUGUCUCAGACGGCGACUGCGAGGGCUUCAUAUUGGCAAUUGAUAAUAACGACGAGCUGGUGUUUGAACAAGCUUGCCAUCCUCGCCUUAUUCGAUCUGGCUUCAAGCCAGCACUUGGAGAACCAUUCGACGUCGCGGUGACCUAUUUCGCCCCUGAGAGAGCCGUUGGUAUUUUUGUGAACGGUAGGAAGCGCACAUACCAGAAAACGGACUACACCUUUAACUUGAAGCCCAAGAUCAUGAUUGGACGGGCCAGUGCCACUGAAUCUGACUACUUCAUGGGUGAAAUCACCUCCGUUCACUUGUUCGACUACGUUCUGUCUCCAGCACAGAUUGCGCAGCUACGGAAAGAAGUGGGGCCUGCCCCUGAGCCAGGAAGAGUACCAAGAGGGCUGCGUCGGACUGAAGAUGGCCGAGUAUGCAUUUCUCCGUGUUCCCCACAAGAGCCUUUCUUGACGGGAGACGGGCGUCCACCGACUAAUGCUCCGCUUCAACUGCGGUGCGAAGACACGCUGCUAAGACCCGAAUUCAGUGGGGUAACCGGCCACCAAAUUCUCGUUUCUUGUCCUGCUGAUUGCGCACAUUCGACGGGUCCCCUACACGGCUGCAAAAUCUAUUCAGCCGAUAGUUCGAUAUGCAAAGCAGCGCUACACAUGGGAGCAAUCCAGAGACACGGUGGUGAAGCCGUGGUUACAUUGCACGAUGGAAUGCCUUCAUACGCUGCUUCCCGCGGCCACUACGGCGUGUUGAGCAUCGCAACGAAUACUCCACAAGUUCUUUCUUUUUCUGUCAUGUCAGCUCCCCACUACAGGGCACUAACGUGCGCUGAUAAUGGCUCAUUCGUUCUUAAAUUGGGAAUUGGAGAAAGGGAGCUUGUCAUCUGCCCUCCACACUGUUCUGCUGUGUCGAAUAGAGCAGUAUAUGGCGCUGGAUUUUAUAGCCCGAUAUCUUCCGUUUGCCGGGCGGCGAUUCACGCCGGUGCACUGACUGAUGAAGGCGGAGAGGUUGAAAUUGAAGCCGGUCCUCCGCAUGAAGCGUUCGUCGGGAGCGAAGGCUUCGGUAUUACGUCUCAGAAGAGCGGGAGUUACCUGCGAUCAUUUGCGUUUGUGACGAAGCUAAGUCAACAAGAGUUAUAACUGUGAAGUCGUUUGUUUAUCAAGCGGGUAUCUACCUUGAUUUGCUUCCUUUACUCUCUGGACAGCAGCGAUUCUCUUGGUGACGUAUGUAUCACCUCGUGAACAGGCUACUAUGCGUUUUUGAUUGUGGUAAUGCAUUUGUUCGAUGCCGUUCCUCGCUGCGCCGUAUCUAUUGACAAGAGCGGCUUGAAGCAGUUCACCACCUCAAUUUGAACCUGUUUUCUCUACAUGUCGUCACUGGCAUGUCCAAACAAAUGAAAGAACC